AUGGCAAAUGAUCAUUCAAACAGAGAUUUGGUUUUUUAUAGCAUAGGAUAUCUGCGCUGUCCAGUUCGUCCAUACAUUCUAAAUCCGCUGCGUUGCUUUAAAUGCCAGCGAUUUGGACAUUCCCAAACAUCAUGUCUAGGCAAAAGUUUAUGUGCACAGUGUGAAGUUAAAGGCCACCAGAGUACUGAGUGUACAACCACUCCAUGCUGCAUCAACUGCAAAGAUGCCCAUCCUGCCUACUCCCGAAAAUGUCCCAUGUGGCAAAAAGAGAAAGAGAUUCAGCGGGUAAAGACAGUGAAUAAUAUACCUUACCCAGAGGCACGACGCAUGGUCACUUUAAAUGCACCAGUGAAACAGAAGACAUUUGCUGCUGUUCUGAUAUCCAAAAAGACAUGUGGAGUUCAGACAGACAUUUCUGUUUCACCAAAUGAAUCUCUAACUCGCCAUGAAAAAUGUUUGCUUAUACCAUCUACGCAAAAAGCAGAAAAGGAGAGCAAGAAGACCAAAACACCCCUACCUAAAACGGGUAAAAACAAGAAACGUGGGUUCUAA